AUGAUUGGUCGGAACUUUAAGGGCGAUCUUGGCGUUAGGCGCGAGCGAGAGUCGGAGGAGCUAAAUCCUGUAUGGAUGGACUGGUGGAACUCAUUGGAGAAAGCUGGAAACAUAUCAAAACUAGCCUAUUCUGCCCUGAAGAAUGCACAACAAAAGAUCGAUGCUGUUCUAGACAUCCAGGAGACGGAGGAACAACAACAUUCCCCAUGGAAAUCUUUCAAACCCUCUGAUGUCAUAUCUCCGUGUGAUGGUACGGUCGUGCUUUUCAAAGAUUCUGAAGAAAAGCAGAUACCUGUGGAUCCCUUGAACAGAGGCAAGGAUUCUGAUGAUCAUCAGUUGGAUGAGCUGGUUCCUGUAGAAACGAGUUCGUCUGAAGUUGCAUACGCGCUAAAACAGCAGGAAGAAUUAACUGUUGGCGGGAUUCCAACACGGGAGCCAUCAGUUGAUGAAACUCAACCAACACAGGUGGGAAGCACAACUCCACCAAAUCUUCCAUCCCCGAGCACCAUCAAGGUGGGUCGCUUUUCACCGGUCGGAUCCUCGAUUGAAACUCUGUCAGUGACAUCUCAAGACUUGCCACAACUGCAUAAAAGUUGUUCUGAGAGUGAUUUGUCGUGUAAGAAUCUUCUAUCUUUGGACAGCCAACCUUCAAAUCGCCGUGGAGUUUCUGCCGAAGAUGACAUUGAAACAACCACAACUGGUUCAGAUAUAGAGGUGAUAUCUUGUUGUACCUCAACCAACGGCGAGUUGCUUCCAGUAUUGCCUCAUGCGUCUGUACAUCGUAUCACUCAGAAUAAAAGUAUGAAAAUACAGCCGGACUGUUCCCACAUGACAGAGACACUCCCCGCGCGGACGUCUGAUACAGGCAUACUGAUUUCGAACACAUUGAGGGGUCAUCGCCGAGCAGUGAGCCAAGAGUAUCGCUUCUCUCAUGGGACUCCGAACGAGGACGACAUAUCGUUCGCAUUUCAACGCCUUUCCAAGGUUAGUGACUUUGGUCUAGCACUUCGAACUGCUCCACCGUCGGAUGUGAACUCGUCUUUGCACAAUGCCUGGAGUUCUGUCUGUGGCACGGCGCUACCGAUCAAUCAGUGGAUGUUAGACAAAACACUCACAGUGCCUGAACAUCGGAGAGGUGUUCCCGUCGGUCCCGAACAAAAUUCAAACCUCAGCUAUCAAAGAUAUGAAGAGAAAAAGCACUUGCUGAGCAUCCGUGAAUCCAAGAUCCUACAACUGAGCAAAGAAAAUAGUGAACUUCGUGAUGCGAACGCGCUUCUUCUGUCGCAGCUGAAAAAUGGACAGUUGUCACAAGAUCUUUCCGCUUUAAGCACAGAAUUCUCGCAACGACUAGCAAAAACCGAAAUGCAGCUUCGCAUGUUGACACGAGAAAGGGACCAGUUGAAAACCAGUCUUGCAGCUGCUCAGUCGCGCUUAAUGUCCGCAAAGCAAACCAGCCAAUCGUCGUUGACAUCUAACGAGGAAGCGUUGUUGAAGCGAAUCGCUGAACUGGAGCGCUCGUUGUUGGGGAAAACCACGCAACUGGAGGACUUGCUGAAGGAAGGAGAACGAAUGGCUCAGGAACAAUUAGCGACUAACAAUCUGGUUAAGAAACUCCGGGCUUCUUUAAAGGAAACCAAAGAGUCUGAACGGACCCAAUCAGCGAAAAUUGAACGACUGAACAUGAAGAUUCAACAUCUCCAGGAUGAGUGUGAAACCAAAGAUGGGACUAUUAAAGAUCAAGCAGCUCAGCUCAACCAUCUGCACAAACUAACGCAAACUCAGGAAAGUGAGUGGGAACACCUAAAGGUACAAUUGCUGCACUCGGAAUCCAAGGUGAAAGCCCAGGACGAAGAGAUGGUUAAAUUGAAACGAGAACUUUCGGCCAUUCAAGAUGAUUUGACGAAAACCCAAAGUCUUGCCGAAUCUGAAGCCAGGGCCACAGAAAACGAACAGUCUCUUCGCGAAUCAUGCCGGCAACUGCAGAGUCAGUUGGAUUCCUUGCGAACGGAGAACAGUGCCCUCAAAUCCAAUCAUGAAAGGCAGGCACAACAGUGGAGAGAGGAACGCAUUUAUUACCAGAAUCUCGUCGCAGAACGGAACUCCCGGAUCGAGCACCUCGAGGAGAUGGCCACAUCGGCCGCCAAACCAGCUUUAGUCCAAUUACAAGCAGUUGAAGCCUCCUUGUCCAAUCAGACUGUAGCCUGGGAACAGGCGGAACGAAAUCUGAAUCUGCGACUUGUGGAAGCUCAACGUGAACUAGCAGUCGCCAAACAAUGUGAAUCUGAACGUGUGGAAAAACUGAAGCAAGCUGAAUUAAGGAGUAGUUCUCUGGAGCGACGUAACACCAAGUUGGUUAUGGAACAAUCAACGCUUCUCGAAGAGUUGUCCCAAGUCCAAACGUCCCUUGACCACUACAAGCAAUCCGAACAAAGGUUAUCAUCUGAAGUAAGCAAGCUUCAAGAGCGUUUGGAAAAACAAGAGACCCAUACGGCGGGACUGGAUGCAUCACUUAAGUUUGAACAGAACAGAUGUCAGUCUCUGUUCAAAGAAAAUCAACAGCUACAUUUACAGGUGAAGCACUUGAGAAAUCCAGCUUCAACAGAUCUCACAUCCCAGCUUUCUGUGGAAUCCCAGUUGGAGCAGCACAAUCCGACUUCCCCCGCCUCAUCUACAAACCGUCGUCCUCAGAUCGUUGGAAGCGUACUGCAAACAUCCCCCAACACCGGAUCCCCUUCACCUGGUACAGUCAAUGCCGUCACCCUAUCCUCCUCUUCCAAUAGCCAAACAGUCAUUGAGUAUAUGCAGGUUUGUUUGAAGUUAACAGCAUAGCACAUUUUCCCACCAAAAGUCGCAUAGAGUAUUGUGCCAGUUUCUUUCUACUCACUGUGUUGCAC